AUGGCUAGUCCGAAAAUAGAGGAAUGGAUGUUUGUCUGCGCGCAGGCAGCGGACGACCCGACCAAGUUCGAUGUUGAGACGGCACUGGCUCGCGCGAGGAGGACCUUCGGCAUACCGGACCUUGAGAUGAAGCUGAUCUCCCUGAGUGAGUGGACGGUGAAUGCUCUUUACGCAUCGCAAUGGCGUGUCGGACGCCAUUUCCUGGUGGGCGACAGCGCUCACCGAACUCCACCAAGGGGCGGAAUGUACUCUGGCAUACAAGACGCAAAAAAUCUCGUGUGGAAACUGUCCAUGGCCCUCAAGCGGCCGGGCAGGCAUCAUGACAGUCUCUUGAACACUUACUACGAGGAGCGCUAA